UGUGCUGACCACUCAGUAAUGCCAUGCCAUUUUUGCGCUGACUCUGGCCUGUUAUUAAAGUUGUUUGAAUGGUUGUUCUUUGAAUCUAUUGCAAGCUUUUCAUCGUCAUGAAGAGAUCAUUUCUCAGCUUUUUGGUCGAUCAGUGGUCGGUGGUGCCCCCAGUGGAGACGACUGAUCUAUCUGGGAAAACAGUUCUUGUCGUCGGCGCCAAUGUAGGCCUUGGACUCGAGGCAUCCAAACACUUUGCCCGUAUGCAACCAGCGCGGUUGAUAAUCGCCUGUCGUAGCGAGGCCAAGGGAAAGGCCGCUUUGACUGAAAUCAAACAGGAGACCGGAUACAAUGGAUGCGAACUCUGGAUAAUCGACCUUGCCAACUUUGCGUCAGUGACUGCAUUCGCUGACAAAUUCGAGAAGGAGGGCGGCGAUUUGCAUAUCCUGGUAAUGAACGCAGGGAUUUUGCAGCCCGUUUACCAAUCCACCACCGAUGGCUGGGAAUCCACGCUACAAGUCAAUCAUAUUGCAACGUCACUGCUUUCGUUGCUCCUCAUUCCGCGACUAGUUGCUGCGGGGAGAAAUUCGUCAACACCUUCCCGGUUGGUACUUGUAUCCAGCGGUGUCCACCACUACGUUAAACCCACGAAAGAGGUCAAGACUUCCUCGAAACCACUUGAAAUGCUGAGCAGCGCAGAGUGGUGUAUCCCCGAGCACAUGCAUUCCCGAUUCUUCGAGUCAAAGCUGUUUAACCUCUUCUUCAUUCGUGCCUUGACGGACAGGCUGCAAUCCAUCACACCACUCAGCGCCGUAGCCGUGGCCCCAGGAUACUCCUAUUCACAACUACGGCGCUUCUGGUACGAGAAACCGACUUUUUCAUUUGUCAGAAUCGGACUCGCUAUCCAGGAGCGUCUCCUGGCGUGGACGUCCGAACAAGGCAGCCGUCAACUCGUAUUUGGUGCGGUGGGUGGACGGGACAAUGAAGAGAAUAUGAAAGGCGGGUACGUAAGCGUUAGUCGCCUCGUAGAGGUCGCGGAUUUCGUGCUCAGCGACGAGGGUCAUAAAAUGCAGGAUGCUGUUUGGAACGAGACGAUAGACAUUCUGAGCAGUGUUUCUGACAAGAUUGCUCCCAUAGUCCAGGAUUAUCUGGUAGUACCUGACUCGUCCACAAACUGACAUGUACAUGUGACACAUUAUCUACUGACGUAGCUUGAUAGAACAAUGUGCGCCUUUGGUUAUCUUGUUCUCUAUGUUUACGUUGCCUACUCUUAUGAUCUCGACUCCUCAUCCUACCUACUGAGUCUUCUUUUAUUUUUUUUGGCCAGCGCCGUAUUUCUGUUGUCAUGAUUUCAUCUACUUAUCCCUCCGAGGAGGUUGGUUGUGAAACG